AUGGCGAACGGUUGGAGUCUAGUCAUUGGCCUGAUCGUUGUCGUUGCCGCCUGCCUGGCUGCCUGGUUCUUCAGCCCCAAGGGCGAAAACCUGACUGUUUAUCGCAGUGUCCUCGUCAUCUCUUUCAUUUCUUGCUACUUGAUGUGGGCUAUCAUCUUCCUUGCACAGUGGCAUCCCCUUAUUGCACCGAAGAGAUCCGAUAUCCGUCCUGGACGGGUACCCAAUUAA